AUGUCCACCAGCACCCGGCUGUCCGCCCUCCCCCGCCUCGGCCUGCGGGGGCUCCGCACCAAGGCCCGCGCCGCACCAGCAGCAGUACCACUGGCAACGCCCGAAGUCGAGGCCCACGCCAGGAAGAUGCGCACGAUCGAGAGCAUGCCCUUCCAGACGUACCAGCACGCGCUCGACGUGAUCCGCAAGGACCGCGAGGAGAAGCUCGUCCUGAUCAAGGACGAGCACGAGAAAAUCGCAAAGAUGAUCAAGUACAAGAACCUCACGCCCACCAGCAGGGUCGUCAAGAGCAUGACCAGAUACCUGGAGGACCUCAAGAUCAAGGCCGACAUCAACAACCCCAGGGUCAAGUACAACUUUGACACGGGCGUCAUCGGCAUGAACAAGCCCGUCUACCGCUUCCUGCUCGAGAAGAAAUGGCGCUCCAUGCGCAGACCCGUGCUCAUGCAGCGCCUCACGCAGAUGAGCGUCAUCCCCGACGUGCUCCCCAAUGUCGACCCCCGCGUCGACGUCCAGGUGCGCUUCGUGGGGCGGGACACCGCCCCGGGAGUGUUUGUGGGGUCAAAGAACUCGGAGCGCCCGCCAACGCUCAAGAUCAUCCCCUUCCGCCAGGGCGAGAAACUGUGCACCAUUGCCGUUGUGGAUCCUGAUGUCCCCGACCUUGAAAAAGACGGUUUCCGCUACCGCUGCCACUGGAUCGUCUCCAACAUCCCCAUCUCCCCCAUGCAAACGCAAGCCAUCGGCACCGGCGCCAAACCCUCCGACACCCUGCUCCCCUACCUCCCCCCGCACGUGCAAAAAGGCAGCCCCUACCACCGCUACGCCCUCUUCGUGUUCGAGCAGCCCGGCAACAAGCGCCUCGACCCCGCGCUCCUCGCCGGCAAGAUCGACCGCGAGACCUUCAACCUGCGCUCGUUCCAGGAGAAGCACGAGCUCAAGACCGUGGGCGCGCACAUGUGGCGUGGCCGCUGGGACGAGGACACCAAGGAGGUGAUGCAGAGGAACGGGCUGCCGGGAUGGGAUGUCAUGUUUACGAGGGUGAAGGAUACGUAG